AUGUUUUACCAGACUGUUAUUACUACGAAUAUUAUUAUUGUUUUAACUUUUGUGUCCAUAAUUAAUACUCAACAUUUACCAUUGUGUGAUUCAUUAAAUGAAAUUAAAAAUAAUGAAAAUAAUACGGAUCAUAAUGAAAUAAAAAUUCGACGUGUACGUGCUCUUUGUGAUGCUAUUUAUCCAUCUCGAACAAUGUCGAAUCAUAAUGAAUUAGAUUUAAUACCAGAUUUUGAUUUAGCUCGAAUUGAUUCAGACAAUGAUGCUAAUGAAAUAUUAAAACGAUUUCGUCGGGGUCGUGGUGGUGGUGGUGGUGGUGGUCGUGGUGGUGGUGGUGGUGGUGGUCGUGGUGGUGGUGGUGGUGGUCGUUCAGGUGGUGGUAGUCGGUCGAGUGGCAGCCGAUUCAGUAGUAGUUUUAGUAGAAGUAGUAGUAGUAGCAGUGGUUCACGGUUUUUUGGUGGCAGUCGAUCUUCAUCAUCUAGUGGAUCAUCACGAAUCUUCAGUCGUAGUAGUAGUGGUUCAUCAUCCUCAUCUGGUAGUGGUUCUCGAAUUUUUUCUCGUUCAACAUCAUCGAAUACCGGUGGACAACAUCGUAUUCGUCAGGCAGUACGAACAAUGUUUCGGCAUACACCAUCAGGACAAACUAGAAUCUCAUCUGGGAGUGGAUUUCCAGGUACGAGCGGAAGUAAACCUGGUUUAAGUGAUAAAUUUCGACAAAUUACACAUGGAGGUGGCAGUGGUAGUGGAUUUAAUUCAAGAAUAGCCGGAGGUGGAUUUGGAACCGGAGGCAGUGGUAGUGGGGGUAAUGUUUGGGUUCGAACAGGAAAAAAGUUUCUGCCACAAGCUGUUCGCUUUGGCAAAAGGUAUUAUCAACGACGAAAAUAUAAUAAGGGCAUGUAUGCUGGUAUAGGUUAUUAUGGUGGUAGUCAUCAUCAUCCAUAUCCUGGAUAUUAUUAUCCGCAUGAAAACUAUGGUUAUCCACCUGUUGUUGAUACUCCUCCUGAAAUAAUAGAGGGCAAAACGCCAACCGUUUUUUACUGUAUUCAAGAAGAUCUUAAUACAACAUUAGUUAAUCAAACAUUGAAUGAUGAAGGCUUUGGUACAUGUAAUGUAUCAGGUAUAUUAGUAAAGUGCCCAAUUGAAAUUGAAUGUAAAACAAAUGAAGCUGAUAAUUGUUGUGAAGAUGAACAAGGUACACCAUAUUGUUGUGGUGGUCCAAUACCUGAAGAAUAUGCCUCAAUAUAUGGUGGUUUUGAAGAUAAUAUGUAUGAUGCUGCAGGAAGUUUUAAUAAAAUAUUGAGUAUCAUUACAACAACGUCUGUACUUUUAGCUACCAUAUGUUUUACCAUAUGGCACGGACGAGGACAAUAA